AUGCCGCCCGUCGCGGUCAUCGAGAACCCGGCCGGCGUCACGGUGACCGAAUCCACCGGCGAGGACGACCGCAAAUCCUCCCUUCGCGUCGACUUUCUCGUCAUCGGCAGCGGCAUCUCCGGCCUCUCCUACGCGCUGGAGGCUGCGGAGUUUGGCAAAGUCGCGGUGGUGACCAAGGAUGUGGCGUACGAGGGGAGCACGCACUACGCCCAGGGCGGCAUCUCGGCGGUGAUCGAUCCGAACGACACCGCGGAGGAGCACGCGAGGGACACGCAGAUCGCGGGCGAUUUCCUCUGCGACCAGGCGGCGGUUGACGUGGUGUGCGCCGAGGGGAAAGAUGCGGUGGACAAGCUCGUCGCGUUUGGAUGCGAGUUUACGCGGAGGGCGUGCGGUUCGUUGCACCUGGCGAGGGAGGGCGGGCACUCCAAGCACCGCAUCGUGCACGCGGCGGACAUGACCGGCAAGGAGAUCGAGCGCGCGCUGCUCGAGAGCGCCAGGGCUCACCCGAACGUCACCUUUUACGAGCACCACGCGGCGCGCGACUUGCUCGUCUCGGAGAAGGAUCCAAACGGCGCUAGCCGGCGGUGCAUCGGCGCCGAGGUUAUCCGCAGGAGCGACGGCGCCGUGGUGACGUUCUUGGCGUGUUGCACCCUCCUCGCGUCCGGCGGCGCAGGUCAGCUCUUCCCCAGCACCACGAACCCGAGCGUGAGCACCGGGGACGGCGUCGCGAUGGCGGUGCGCGCGCGCGCGGACGUCGCCAACAUGGAAUUUUACCAGUUCCACCCGACGUCGCUGUACACCGGCCCCGGGAGCGUCGCGGCGAAGAAAAAGCCAAACGAGAACGCGUUUCUCAUCACAGAGGCCGUGCGAGGCCACGGCGGCAGGCUGUUUAACCACGCGGGCGAGAGGUUCAUGUCGCGGUACGACGAUCGCCUCGAGCUCGCUCCGCGCGACGUGGUGGCGAGGGCCAUCGACUGCGAGAUCAAGUCCGCGGCGGAGGCUGGGAUCGAGGCGAGGUGCGUGUACCUGGACGUCAGCCACCUGCCGGCGGACGAUAUCCUCGAGCACUUCCCGGGCAUCGCCGCCGAGCUGAAGGAACGCGGGCUGGACAUGACCUCGGACAGGAUCCCGGUUGUGCCGGCGGCGCACUACCUGUGCGGCGGCGUUCGCACCGACCUCGACGGCCAAACCUCCCUCGACGGCCUGUUCGCGUGCGGCGAGACGGCGUGCACGGGCCUCCACGGCGCCAACAGGCUCGCGUCCAACUCCUUGCUCGAGGCUGUGGUUUUCGCCAACCGCGCGUUUCGAGCCUCGGCGGACCGGCUCGCGAAUGACGCCGCGGAUUUGGAACCCCUCUUUGCCGCCGCGGAGGAAGCCGCCGCGGUUGAGGAGAUUCGCAGGAUGGCGGUCAAAGGGAGUUCGAAAGGGAGCGUACUCGAGUACGACGCCCAUCCCGAGUGGGCCGGUGUGAUGCGCGAGGAGGUUCAGCGCGUCAUGUGGUCCGCCGCCGGCAUCGUGAGGGACUCGGACACCAUCGCGCGAGCGGAGGAGGAACUCGAGAGGCUGCUCGCGCGGUGCGACGCGGAGAUGAGAACCAGGGGCGAGUGUCUCUCCUCGCACGAGCUCAGGAACCUCAUCACCGUCGGGUUGACCGUGGUCAAGUGCGCGGGCAUGCGGAAGGAGUCCAGGGGCUUGCACUACAACGUCAACUACCCCGAACGGGUCGAGUCGGAGCGCCGGCCCACCGUGCUCGCCGGCGUCGACAUAGACAAAGGGGAAAUCGGCGCGGCCGGUGACCCCGCGGCGGGCGAGGACAAGAAGGUCUCGUUCACUCCUCGCUAAACGCCGAGGAAUACCCCGGACUCCGGUCCGGCGGUGGCUGUGUACUGAUAAUUGGAAUUGGGGGGGCAAGCGGUUGGGACCGCGUUGCUGGUUGAUGUGUUGCAUACUCGCGGGUGUCCUUGUUGAAAUACAACAUUGCGAUGCCCCG